CUAUGUCAUACUUCAUGGUUUAAUCUUAAUCAAUUACCACGUGCCUGGUAGAGAACUUAACCUAUGUCAAUAUUUCGAUAUUUUUACGAUGGAUACUCCGAUAUUGACAAAACAUCAGCAGAAACAUUCAUUGUCAGCGAAAAAAGGAUCAAUUAAAAAGCUACGAAAUGUCUUAGCCCAACCGCAAGAUAAUUAUUGGCCAAUUGUAGAUGAAGAAAAAUGUCCAUUAUUAGAAGAAAUUUUAAAUAAAUUAUUGCCAACUAUAAAACGUCCAUCUAAAUUAAUUCCAUGGUCACAGCUCAAAAAGCUGAAAAAGGAGGAACGUGUAAAAGCCAAAAAAGAAGCACUUCAAGAACAAGAAAAUGUUUCUAAUUCAGACUUAGCAAUUUUUAGGAAUUCUGUAGUCUUGGGUAUAAAUGCUAUUACUAGAUCUUUAGAAAAGAACAACAUCUGUUGUAUUUUAAUGGAUGCAAAUAUUUCACCGCCGCUUUUAAUAAGACACAUUAUUCAUAUGGCACAGAAUAAGAAAGUACCAGUAUUAUUAUUACCUAAGUUAAAGACUGUAACAUUAAAAUCCAUAGGAUUUGCAUCUGCUGCAUGUGCUUUAAAGAAUGUUGUAAUAGAUUCUACAGAUCAUUAUUUUCAUCCCUUAUAUAUUACAAUAUGUGAUAUUUUUAAGGAUGUACCUUUACCAAGCAAUAGACUCCAAUUAUUCAAAGAUACUGGAUUGUCAGAAGAAACAAUAUCAGACGAAAAAGACAACAAAAUAAGUGUUGAGAAUGAAUCUCAAGUAUCUUUAGAACCAAUUAAAUUUACAGUAUCUGCAGACGUAUACAUGUAUAGAUCUUCGCGUAAAGAACGAUCAUUUGUUCCACCUAGCACAAAAGAAAAUUCCACAAAUAAGCCUAUUGUAGAAGAAACAAUGGAACAAAAUGAUUUUAUUUCCUUAACUAAGUAUAAUGUUGAUGAAUUAGAUACAAGCAUAAAGAAAAAUACACGAUACACACACAUUCCUAAAAAUAAAAACUCGAAAAAACGAAAAAUUGGUAAUAUAUCCGCAAAUGUUAAAUAUUUGCCACUGAAAGUUAAACGUUUGCAGGGCAACGUUAAUCGCAUAAAAGCAACAAAAGUUUCAAAACAUAAAAAAUGAUAUAAAAAAAUUAAUAUUAUAUAUUUCAUAAAUCUGAUCAGAGAAUUUUUUAUUUUACAUA